GCUCCUUCCAGCUGGAGAUGGCCCAGGAGGGCUUCAGCGCCCUGCUCACCCCCGAGGGGCCCGUACUGGGAGCGGUGGGCGCCUACGACUGGUCCGGAGGGGUCUUUGUCUACGACGGGAGCAAGGAGACCACCUUCGUCAACAUGUCCCGAGCCUCCGGGGACAUGAACGAUGCCUACUUGGGCUACGCGGCCGAGUCCCUGUCCCUGCGGGGCCACCGAGUGCUGGCGCUGGGGGCCCCCCGCUACCGCCACGUUGGCCGCCUCCUCCUCUUCCUUCUCCAUGAGCCUUGGGGUGCCUGGGAGCCCCUGGCUGAGGCCACCGGGACGCAGGUGGGCUCCUACUUCGGGGCGUCCCUCUGCGCCCUGGACGCCGACGGGGACGGCUCGGCCGAGGUGCUGCUGGUGGGGGCCCCCAUGUUCUACGGGGGCGGCAGCGGGGGCCGCGUGGCCGUCUGCCCCCUGUCCCCCCGGGUGUCCCCCCAGGAGGGGCGGCUGCGGUGCCAGCAGACUCUGCAGGGACAGCCCGGCCACCCCUUGGGCCGCUUCGGGGCCAGCCUGGGGCACCUGGGGGACGUCGACGGGGACGGGUGGUCAGACGUGGCCGUGGGGGCCCCGCUGGAGGACGAGGAGCGGGGGGCCGUCUACGUCUUCCGUGGGAAGAAGGGGGGCGUCGCCUCCCAGUACAGCCAGCGCAUCCCGGGUGCCCACUUCUCCAGUGGCCCACGCUACUUUGGCCAGGCCAUCAGCGGUGGCCAGGACCUGACAGGGGACAGGCUGCCGGACGUGGCCGUGGGCGCCCAGGGACAGGUCCUGCUGCUCAGGUCCCAGCCGCUGCUCAAGGUCCGCCUGAAGGUGGAUUUCCAGCCCCAGCAGAUCCCCACAGCCGCCUUUGACUGCCAAGAGGAGGAAGCCCUCAAGGGGGAAGUGGCCAAGGCCACGAUCUGCUUCCUCAGCAGCAAGAAAACCCCUGACAACUUUGGUAGACAACUCUCCACCAGCCUCUGGUACCAGGCGGCCCUGGACCCCGGCCGGGCCAUGGUCCGGGCCAUGUUUGCCGGCGGCAGCGCCAUCCACAACGAGACCCUCCAUCUGGGCGUGGGUCAGAAGUGCCAGACCUUGUCCAUCGCCUUCACGGGCUGCCCCCGGGACACGCUGACCCCCCUGGUGCUGCGUCUCACCUACGAGGCCACGGGGGACCCCAUCGAGGUGGCCGGGGGUCUGCGUCCAGCCUUGAGCGAGGACUCGGAGAUGGGGACCGUGGGCACGCUGCCCUUCGAGAAGGACUGCGGCGAUGACAACGUCUGCAUCGACAACCUCCAGAUGUCCUUCACCUUCUCGGGGCUGGACACCAUCGUGGUGGGGGUGACCGACACGGUGGACAUCACCAUCACCCUCCGCAACCACGGGGAGAACUCCUACGGGGCCACCGUCCAGCUGCAGCACGCCGCGGCCCUCUCCUACCGCAAGGCCGUGGUGCUCCAGUCCUCCAGGAGGUCCAUGUCCCUGAGCUGCAACUCGGACCCGGCGCAGGGAGCCUGGCGCAGGACCCUCUGCUUCGUCAGCCACCCCAUCUUCCACCCCAGCGCCGAGGUCGUGUUCACCGUCACCCUGGACGUGCCCCACGGCGCGGAGCUGGGGCCCGUGUUGAAGGUGGUGGCCAAUGCCACCAGGUGAGGGACGGGG